AUGGCACCAAAUGAUGAGUCAUGGACAAGUUGGUUGCGUGAUUUGGAUCCAGAAGAUUACAAAAUCAUCAAUGACAUUAACAUAGUACCUUUGUCACAAGAUCAUAACAUCUUGCAACAAUCUUUGUCCAGUGGUAGCCAUUGUUCUCACACAACCUCAAGCACUAUGAGUAAUUCCUCAGGAGAUGUUGUUAACAGCUUUGAGAGACCUACAAAGACACUCAAGACUAGUAGCCCUUCAAAUAUAGGGUACCCUUGUUUACAAAACAAUGAUUCUUCUCUUUCCUACACUAUUUGUUUCAACAAUGUGAAUCCAGAACCAGAACUCCAACAACAAAAAGGUAAGAUUUUGAAUCAUGGGAAGUGUUUAACCUCAAAAAAGGAACCUAAAAGAAGUAUUCUAGAGAGCAAAAAGACUGAUUCCGCUGCAAAACAUGCUCAAGAUCACAUAAUUGCUGAGAGAAAGAGAAGAGAAAAACUUAGUCAACAGUUCAUAGCUCUUUCAGCACUGAUUCCAGAUUUAAAAAAGAUGGAUAAGGCUUCUGUGUUAGGAGAUGCAAUAAAGUAUUUGAAACAGCUACAAGAACAAGUGAAGAUAUUGGAACAGAAGAAUCAAAGGAAGAACAUAGAAUCUGUUGUUUAUGUUGAGAAGACAAAGUCAUGUUCUUCAGAUGAAGAUGUUUCAGUUUCAGACACUUCAUCAGAUUCUGGAAAUGGUGGUAAUUUUUGUCACCCGAAUCAGUCACUGCCAGAGGUUGAGGCAAGAGUGUCUGAGAAAAACGUGCUGAUAAGAAUUCACUGUGAGAAAGAAAAGGGUAUGUUGAUGAAGAUAAUACAAGUGAUAGAGAAUCUUCAUCUUUCUGUCAUUAGUAAUAGUACCUUACUUUUUGGAGCCACGAAACUUGACAUAACCAUCAUAGCUGAGAUGGAUGAUGAAUUCAGGCUAAGUGUGCAGGAGCUAGUUAGAACCAUUCGAGUUGGACUAUUGCAAUUCAUGUAG